AUGGUGAACGGCCAAGGAGUCAUGCCGGGUGGCCCUCCUAAUGGAGGCUAUAUGCAGCCUCAAGCUGCAGAACAGCGUCCCAUGGCGCGGCCAUUCACACUCCCGGAGGCGUUGCCUUAUUCUCCACAGACCUCUGUCAUCCCAUUUACGUCCGACCUGAUUCCAGACCCGACUAUCGGUUCAGGAUCGCUUGCAGCCAGCGUCUCUCACCUCUUUAACAGCCAAGAGUUCGAGAACCUCAACACAGAGGCGACAGGUCCGAAUCAGAACCGAGGGCUGAAGCACCUGAAAUACGCCGUCGAUCAUGUUCUUCACGAUUUGAAGCCGAACCAAAGGACAUACUACAAGUUUAAGUCCGUACCUAAACCGAACGUCAACUCGAAUGCGAACCCGACGGGCGGUGUCCAGAGCCUUAUCUCUGGUCUCUCUCCGGUAGCCAAGAUGAUGUUUGAUAGAGCUCCAACCUUCAUCAAACCGCCCCCUGGAGCGCCUGGCCAUGCCCCUCUAAAUGGACAAGUACCUGCUCAGUCACAACAUCCUCCAACACCGAAGAGCGUUGCAUCCCAAUCAAAGCAUACACCAGGUCCUCCCGAAACACACCAAAAAAAUAAUUUCAAGUUUGAGGUUGCCAUUCCCUCAAAGAAAUUUGAUCCCAGCGCAUACGUAGAAAUCCCCGAUGGCUCAGUUCCACAACCUACUAUCAAGUCUGAAGACCGGAAACCCUCAGCCCCAAUCCAGCCUCCUUCCGCUCAGCAAACUCCUACGCAAAGCCAUAAACAGUUGCAGCCUGCGCCUUCUCAAACAACUCCCCAGGCAGUUCCUGCCCCAGUCACUCCUGCUGAAUCCACUACACUCGCUCCUGCCCAGCCUGGCGCUGUGCAAAUUGCACCCAAGAAGUCUACACCGCCAGGAGCAUCAGUUACUCCAAGAGAAGGCUCAUUCACUAUAGAUCUUUCUCAUGCUCCUGGCUUUAACAAGGACGAAUAUCUGGAAAUGCCAGUUCCCAACUCGCCAGACGAGCCAAUGGGCUUGUCCGCGCGUAGACAAGAUAGCGCUUACCAAAACAGGCAGGAAGAGAUUAAUACAAAUCUUAACCAAAUACAGCGAGCAGAAGCGGCACUACAGGAAUUUGAGCGAUUGACGAAAAGCGUUUUCGAGGCCAUUAGAGGUGUGCUUGGAGGCGAACCAGGAUAUGAGCAUGUCGGAACCCGAGGCAGCGACGGCGAGGCUAUCUUGACUGCCUCGACCCAGCAAAAACUUCAGACUGCAAUACAGAAGACUAUCGAUCUCGGAAGCUACGAUAGAGCCCCUAUCGAAGACCUUCAAUACAUUCAAAGGCUGAGCGAAGCCGGUUUAACGCAUAUGCUGAACCUGGACUUUAGGGUUGAGGAGUCUUGGGGUGAGUCGGAAGUUGCGGGCUGGUUUAACCAGCUGCCAGAGAUUGAGAUGGGGCUUAAAACUGCUCGCACUUGCUUGCGCAUAAUGUGUGGUGGUAGAGAGGAGAAGCAAAUUUAUGCAGAGACGAUCAUCCAGAAGUCCAUCGAUGUCUUCAAAGGUGUCGUUGAAGGUAUCAUCAUCCCCAUCGUUGAAAUGAGGGGAUCUGGCUCAUCGUCUGCCUUGUUCAAAAUGCUGCAACCACACAAGAAGGCGAUUGGACCAGUUUUGACAAACUGCCAGAAGUUGUUUGCAUUACUUGCCAAGCUCGUUACCACCAUCGAGCUGUCGGACACAGCUCUCGGCACCUUGGAAUUUACUGCAUCAAAUCUCUUAUUUGUGGACAAUGCCUAUCUGGAGAAAGAUUCUGUCGUUGGGGUCCAGAAGUUUGACGGCAUACGUCUUGUUGCUAUGGACAUGCUUUGCCAGAUCUUCCUCGCCAAGCCCGAUCAGCGUCGUGGCAUAUUUGAUGAUAUUCUUACCUCGCUGGAGAAGCUGCCUGUUGGCAAGCAGAGCGCACGGCAAUUCCGUCUAGCAAAUGGUGGAAGUAUCCAACCCGUAUCGGCGUUGAUCAUGCGUCUUGUUCAGGCUAGCUCCGGCAAAGUGGAGGAAAAGGGCGCCCGCAGUCGACUAGCAAUGGUGGAUGAUGAUGACGAGGACCAGGAGAUGCAUACUCAGGGGAAGCCGAAUAUCAUUGCCACCGUCAAGUCCGAGGAAGCGGGAGCCUCUCAGCACCGGCUUGCAUUGGAAGAGCUAAAGGCCGUGGCACUGCCUUUGACGGAAGGCGCGACGCACAACGCUAACUACGUUGUCAACUUCAUAGUGAAUCGCGCUCUGAAGUCCACCAAGUCUGGUGAUACACCUUAUCGCAACCUCCUAGACCUUUUCGUCGAGGACUUUACGGAAUGUCUCGACUCUCCGGACUGGCCUUCUGCGGAGCUCAUUCUACGCCAGUUGACCUACUACAUGAUGCAGCUGUGGGAGGGAGAGAAAUCUGCGGCACCGGCCAAAAACAUGGCCCUCGAAUUACUUGGUGUCAUGAGUGCUGCGAUCUCCAAACUGCGAUCACAUGUCCGCAGAACCGCGAAUUCUAUGGACAUUAGUGAAUCAAAUGGGCUGUCCAAAUACUUAUCGGAGCUAGCCACGGCCGCUUUGGAGCAAAAGUCCCGUGUCGAACAUGACGUAUCUUGGUCAGGACCGUAUCGAACGACUCUCGAGCAUCUUCAGCAGCGCCGGAGCGACGAUCCUCACCUACAGGGCGCCAUUUCCUUCAUGAUCGCGGACUGGGCUUACAGAAUUAUUGCCGGAUACGAUGCGAUGCAAGAGACUAAUGAAUCAAUUGAUCAGGAAUUCGGCCGCCUCGCAUUCCGACUUCGCAUGAUGAUUGAAGAUCCCCGGUGGCUGUCGAAUGAGUACACAUUUAAGGACGUCAGCAACAUGCAUACAAAGCUCUCAUACGCGACUAUCUUGCUCCGGUCGCCAUUCUGCGAACAUUUUCAGGCUAUGCUCAAUGUGCUUCUCAAAGCUAUGGCUAGUGAUCAAGCUACUGUCCGAAGCAAGAGUCUGAAGAGCAUCAACCAGCUCUUGGAGACAGAUCCUGCUAUCCUUGAUGGAGAUUCCGUGGUUGUUCACCUCAUCAUCAACUGCUCGAGCGACUCAUCACCCCAAGUGCGUGACUCUGCAAUUGGUCUUAUGGGCAAGUGUAUUGGCCUGCGCCCAAGGCUGGAAGAUAAAAUGGCGGAGAGAAUCAUUGAAAGAUUUAUUGAUUCUGGUAUUGGCGUACGGAAAAGGGCCAUGAAGCUGGCAAAGGACAUCUAUCUACGCAAUAACAGCAGAGAGAUCCGAAGCGCAAUCGCCAAUGGCUUACUUCAUCGCGUACAAGACCCAGACGAGAGCGUUCGGGAGCUUGCUCGCCAGAUGAUCGAAGAGGUCUGGUUUGCUCCAUUUUACCAAGUUGACGAUACAGCAACUUACAAGACGUCCCUCACUGACCAUGUUGCUCUCAUGAUACAAACUGUCAAAUCAGGAAACGUGGGAGCUGUGCUCGACAAAGUGCUUCAGUCCAUUCUUGGAGGGCAAAACAAGGCUAACACUGGGCCCUUCAGUGUCAGCAUGAAGCUGGUCGAGAAGAUGUUCGAGUUGAUUGACAAUCUCGAUUCCGACGACCCUACCAUUCCGUCAGGGCGGGACGCUUUACAAGUCCUCCAAAUCUUUGCAAAGGCAGAUGCAAAGCUCUUCACCUUUGAGGAAAUCCGCCUUCUCAAGCCUCACCUUGCCAGUUUUAGCGGCACAGACGACCUCACUGUGUUCAAGGCCGUCGCAGUCAUAUAUCGCCAGGUAUUGCCCCAGCUCUCGAGCAAGUAUGCCGAUUUCUUAAGGGAGCUACGAGAACAGCUUCAAACCUGUGUCGGCAGAUUAGGCAAGAGUUUGCUGGACGAUGUCAUUGCUUGUUUAUGGAUUAUUGCUGAACUACUGGACAACCGCGACAAGCUGGCUCAUCUUGGUGCCUCUAGCCUACGCGGAGUUGCCAGCAUGCGCAACACGCAAUUGGAUUCUACAAAGCUUCAGAAAUUUGCCAGGUACUCAAUUAUCGUAGGAAUGGUUGGUAAACACUGCGAUCUAGAUUCUGAAAUCGCAGUGUUCAAGAAGAUUUUCCCCAAGUACUCUGGCACAUCGGUCGCCAAACUCAUGGUUGACAACUUGUCACCUUGGGCCGACGCUUCGCAGCCUAUGGAGGCGAGAAGACAUGCCUUGGAUGCCAUAGGUCUCAUCUGUCAGGCUCAUCCACGCAACUACGUCUCGCCCAAUGUAUACACCAAGUUCCAGCAGGUUUUCGAGGCCAGGCUUCCAGCACUUGAGAGCACUAUCCUUCGGUCAUUCAAAGAGUUCCUCGUCACCGAGGAACGACGAUCCGAGGCUGCUAGUGCGGCUGCCGCAGCCGGCGUUGAAAGUGACAAGAAGCGUGAGCUGACUGUCAUGGGUGGCACGAGCUUCGAUGAUGUAGCAAGCGCAACUACCCAACGCUUCCUGAAAGAAAUAACUCGUAUCUCUCUAGCAUCACAAGAUGAGCAUGCUUUUCUGGCUGUGGAGGUACUUGGCAGCAUCAACCGACAAGGUUUGGUUCACCCCAAGGAAACGGGUGUCACACUCAUCACUUUGGAGACCUCUUCAGUUCCCAAAAUUUCCGAAGUGGCUUUCAUGGAGCAUCGAGCCCUUCACGAGAAGCACGAGACGGUGCUCGAAAGAGAGUACGUCAAGGCGAUUCAGGCUGCAUUCGAGUAUCAGCGAGAUAUUGUCCAUGAUACUCGCGGUGCAACUGAAAACCCUUUCCAGUCUAAGCUUCAUCUUCUGAUGGAAGUGCUCAAAGUGAGCAAAUCAAAGAAUCGACAAAAGUUUUUGGAGAAGCUCGUGGCUCAGGUAGAUUUCGACCACUCUAAACUUGAUGUCUCCAAGCCGAUGCCUGCGCAUGUCGAGCUCUCGCGAUUUAUCAUUGAGAACCUCGCUUACUUUGACUAUGUCACAGUCGGAGAGGUCUUGGUUACGGUCAACGCUAUGGAGAAGCUAUUUUCCUCUACUGGAUCCAGCAUGGCACAUGUCAUUGAGUCUGAAAUUUUCAACAUGCGUAUGGAUUUAGAUCAGCCGACAGAGCCCCAACCUGACGGACAGCCACCUUUACAAAUCCAGCCAACGAUACCCCCGAAGCGAUUGCGGCAGCUAACGUCUGGUUCUAUUAUCCUCCUGUGUCUUUGGGAAGCGCGAACCUACCUCCGGCGCGUUUAUGGUCUCAAACGCGAGAUGAAGGCCAAGCCCGCGGCCAAAGAUCUGACCAAAGCACCGACUAGGGUACCAGGUGUCACGGGUGACAAAUUUUGGGAAGAGGUCACAUCACACAUAGAGGGUCUUGCUUCCCAAGAAGCUACUCUGAAAAAGUGCAAGGCUUUCGUCGAGCUGAUGAAUGUCGAUAAAGAAUUCAAGGUCGCAUCCGAUGAUGACUUAGAUGGCGAAGAUGACACCCCGAGCGAGGGCGAAGAUGAAGAACCAACAGGUGAUGGUCGAGGGCGAAAACGAAAAGCCAGCAGCUCGGCCGGACGCCCUAAGAAACGCCAGCGUUCCACGUCACGCCCGCGUGGUCGUGGCCGGCCGAGGAAGAACCCAAUCGAGGGUGAGGGUGACGUCGAAGCCGACAUUGACGAAAUGGACUUUAUUUAA